AUGACGCCAGUACACAGCAAUGAACUAAGCAAACCCGUAAGCGGUUUUCCGCCGCAAGCAUCUUAUUUGCUAUUAAAUCCAAAAACACGACCCAUAUUCGCGUCCAUCAUUGUAAUACUGAAAGUUUAUCCGGUGCUUCUACUUAUUUUGGGUUCAUUGGGAAAUCUAUUAUCAUUUUGUGUUUUACUUCGUGCCAAUAUGAGAAGAUAUUCAACAUUUUGUUAUCUAGCUUGUCUUGCUCUCGUUGAUCUUGGAGUUAUAAUAACAUUUUGUAUUAAUUUUAUCUCGUUAUAUCAUUUUAAUAAUGAUAUACAAGAUGAGCCAUUUGCAUGUAAUUUAUUUGCAUUUUGUAUUUAUUUUCUUCCUCAAUAUUCAUCAUGGAUAUUAGUUGCUGUCAGUAUUGAUCGUGUUAUAUCAGCAAAGUAUCUUCGUUUAGCUAAAUCAUGGUCAAAACCGAAACAUUCAGUUUUAGUUACACUUAUACUUGGACUUUUUCUUGGAAUGUUAAAUAGUCAUUUUUUUCUUUAUGAAAAUAAUUCAAUUAAACAAAGAAACCAACAACGAAUGAUGCAAAAUAAUCAAAGUACUCCCAAAACAUUUUUAUCAACCGAUACAUUAGUUAAUCGGCAUUCAGACGCAUUAGAAUUACUAAAUAGUUUUUCAAGCGAAGGAGCUAUCAGUAGUUCAUCAAUAUCAUAUGAAUCAUUUACACCAUCAUCAACCUAUAGAGACACAACAGUUCAACAACAAUAUGAUAGUUAUAUUACUAUGUCAAACGAAGCGAUGUCAUCAUUUGACGUUAAUAUAAUUCAUUGUUCACUUGAAAGUUCUCAUGAACAUGCAAAGCUUCAUUUUUAUUGGGUUUGGAUAGAUCUUCUUAUGAAUGUUUUCUUACCAUUUACAGCUAUGAUUGCUUGUACAAUAAUAAUAAUUUUAACACUUGUCCGUUCAUCUAACCGAUCUGGUUCAACUUCUGUUCGUCGCUCACGUCGUCGUCGUAAUAUAUCUGUAAUGUUAAUUACUAUUAAUCUUGUUUUUAUUAGUUUAACAGCACCAAUAGUUAUAUUUUUAAGCAUAUACACACAUUUAAACGGUGAACAAAAUAAUUAUCGUCAAGUAGUUUUAAUCUUGAUUAAAAUCUUUUGUAUUAUUUUAAUGAAUCUAAAUCACUCAGUUAAUAUUAUUAUUUACUCAGUAACGGCAAAAGAAUUUCGCUCUGAAACGAAGAAUUUCCUACAUGCAUUACUUUAUUGUUGUAUUGGUAAACCAACCAGCCCAAUUGAUUUUGCACAUACGCAUCAUGACGGAACAUUUAUUUCACGUUUAACACGUUUAAGAAUUAAUUUAUUUAAAUGUUGUCGUGUUAAAAUAAAUUCAAACUCAACGAAUACAACAGAUUCAAGUGGUUUACCACACACAGCAACAACUGGAACAAAUAAAAUUUCGUCAAAAAAAGAGUAUCGACACGAAAAUAAAUUCAAUAAACGUAAACAACUUGAUAAAAAUGGAAAAAAGCCAUAUUCAGUUAUACGCUAUAGUGAAACAACUGCAUUACAGAAAAGUAAUCAACAUCUUACGGUACAAGUACAACCCGAUCCUACAACAUCGACAUUUGAGCGAGAAGAUUUAUCAUUACAUAGUCUAUCAAAUUUAACUGAGCAUUAA